AUGGCCUCCACUGGACUUCGUUCGCCUCAAGCCUACAGAAGCACAGGGAGUGCUUCCAACUCUGACGAGAUCGUGCAUCACAGCAGCAACGGCCUUCCCCAACGACCCCCUCGCCAGAGUCGACAGCGGUCUGAGUCCUCGUCAUCGCCCAUUAUGACUGCCUCCCAAUAUAACUCUCACUUUCAAUCGGAUCCAUAUUACACUCCUUCAACUCAUUCUCAAUCUCCUCGACCCUCACCUCGAUCCACACCCAACACCUACGGCUACCAGUCGUCGCAGGUCCCACCCUCACCUAUGACAUUCCAACUCCCUCCCUCUGCCAUGUCAACCUCCAGUCGAGACGAUAGCAUGCGCUCUGGAUCCAUCUCUUAUCCUCACCAGCAACAACAACAGCAGCAACAACAACACCAACAUCAGGGAUACCAAAGCGGAAACAUCUCAUCAGGGUCCUCUUUCAGGUCCCCUCACAUCUCCCCGGGUCUCCCAUCCAGUGGCAGCGCUCAGAUGAUGCCUCCACCUCUUGCUCUCCCUGACUCAUUCCUGGAGGAUCAAUCCGACUACGCAGGAUACUACUCCUCUGAUGUCGGGAUUCUUUCGAGCCCUCAAUUGCUCUCAACUCCUCAGGUCUUGUCGAGCCCUCAGCUUUUAUCUGAUCCACAGCAGCAACUGCAGUCUCCCAUGAACAGCGGCACUUUGUACCCUCGGCAGCACCACACAGGCUAUCCUCACUCUCCCGACAUUCCUCCAAGACAGGGAUCAAGAUCUGCAGGAGCAGGGAUGGCUUUGCCGAGCCCUCAUAUGACACCCACGACAUCCCCAUUGCAGAUCGACUUUCCAAACCUCUCCCUUAACGAUGCGCGUCGGCCAAGCGGACAGCCUCAGCAGGUCCAGCCCCCCACCUCCGGCACUCGCAGCCGCGCCUACUCAACCACAACCGUCUCUACCGACGACUCCUCCACCAGCCGCAACUCCCUCGUACCCAGAUCUACUGUCGACGGAGCAAAUACCCAAGAGUUCUACCACGGUCAACCUCAUGUCCCCAUUGAAUCCUUCCUGAUGCCCUCGCAGGAGCAAUACCCGGCCGACUCGCUCAUCCUCUUUGGUGGCACCGCAGUUCACUCAGAGGGAGGCCUUUUCCGCAAGGAUUCCAAGGAAUACCUCAUGCUGACUAACUCCAGCUUGCUCAAGUACAAAUCCAUGGAAAAGGCGGCCAAGGUCUUUGGCAACCAGUCUGUUUGGUCCUCUUCCUCGGGCCACCAGAUCAUGACACCACAGCAGACAGCAUUGAUCUCCAAGGAUAAUCGUAUCUUGUCCCUUAACUCGAUCAUUGGCGUCUACACAUACCAGCCUGCAGGAACGGAGACCCAGAUCGUCGUCGAGUAUCUUGUCUCGAUCUCGUCCCAGCCCGCCACUAUGCACUUUACCCCAGCUGUGGACCAAGUAGAACCCUGGUUGAAGGAACUGCGCCAGGGCUGCAACUACCAUGCCGCUCAAGCAGGAUUGAUUGUCAAGGGCACCAGACAGCGUCAGUGGGUUCAAGAUAAGCUUCAGGAGGACCACAUUGCUCUGCCCUCCAACGUCGCCGAGGACCACCCAACAGCCCUUGCAGCAGGAGGCAUGUGGCGUGCAUUCUUUAGGGCGCAGCGGAUCAAAGGAGUCCCCGUACAGGAGAGCGGCGUCUCGGAUUCUAAGGUGGGGCUCGAGAACAAGGCCGUCGUGAUCGCCGUCGGAGCCUCGCACAUCCACAUUUUGCCUCAUAACCUCGGCAAUAGCAGCUCCAAGGACGACUUGAAGGACGAACGCAACAUCCUGCAGUACCCGAUCUUGACCAUCAGGACCAUCCACUACAAGGAAAAGGACGACACCUUCACCUUGGCUUUCGGAACCACAUUGCGCCAACGGACGGUCAUCAUGACGUUUGCCUCUGCUCGCGCUCGUGAGAUCAUCAUCGCCAUCCGUGCACGUGUCGAGAGCUUGCGCUGGCUCUACCCUCUCGGCAGGAAGGGCAUCGAGCUCGCUCUUUCCGAGAGUAUGUCGAGGCCUAUUCCUGUGCCGUCCAGGGACCAUCUCACCGACCUUGGGUUCGACGAGUUGCUGCGCGCUGAGUGUCACGCCAUGGGUCUGGAUCGCAAGGUCUUCAAAAACGUCGUUAUCGAUGGAUUCAGCAUCACUGUCGGCAAGGCAGGCGACAAUCCUGACAACAAGCGCGACUACUCUGUUGAGGAGAUGAAGUGUCUUCUUCGUGCCCUGCGAUUCAAUACCACCUUCAAGGAGAUCAGCUUCUACGGCAUCUCCUUUGAGAACCUUCAAAAGUCCAAGACGCUCAGGGAUGGAACCCUCCGCUAUGGUCUUCGUCCUGACCAAGAGCUCUACGAGUUGAUCAUGGGCAACCCACAGAUCCGUGUUCUGAACCUCCAUGGCUGCCACCUGGAUACGGGUGCCAUUGGCAGCAUCGGCCGUGCUAUUCGCGAUGGCUACACUGCUGGUCUUCGUCUCGAGUUGCUCGACCUCUACGGCAACCAUGCCACCGACGGUGCUGAUGUCAUGACGCUUGCCAAAGGAAUCGUCAAGCAUGCGGGAACCCUCCACUACCUCGAUGUCGGUCACUGUCAAAUCACUGGCGAUGGCAUCAACCAGGUCAUGCACGCCUUUGUCGCCAACCCAGACGUCGCCUCACACACCCUCGAGUUCUUUGGAAUCCAAGGCAACCCUGAGAGCAAGGUCAACUCGUUCAUCCUGGACAUGUUCCUUAAGCACUCUAUGUGUCUCGAGAAACUGGAUCUGUCGGAUCUGACGUCAUGGAGCAAGUCACCCAUCCUGAUGGCAGAGACCCUGGCCAACUGUGGCGGAUUCCUGAAGCGCCUGGAUCUCAGCGGCAUGGCCUUGCACCCGUCGACCCUGGACCAGAUUCUUUCCUGGAUUUCCAGCCCAGAGUGCGAGACCCUCGAGCAGCUCAAGGUCGAGGGCUGCGGUUUGGAUGGCAGCCAGUUUGCGAGCAUCCUGGACGCUGUUGGUCAAAGCGGAAACCAAAAGGUCGAGAUCUGCGCUGGCCGAAAUCUUCUUUCCGACGGUCAAGACCUUCCUGAGAACCUUGUCAACGUCCUCUCCAAUGGCGAGACGGCUACUUCGUUGGGUCUGCGCCGUACCUGCUGGAGCGAACAGGCUCUGCGACAGCUCUUCCUGAGUCUCAGUCAUAACUUUACCCUCAAGAAGCUCGAUCUUUGCGCCGUUUCGCUUGCCUCCGGCCGGGACCCAGAUGUCGAGACCUGCAAGCUCUUGGGCCAGAUGUUGGCGUCCGAGGCAAGUCGAUUGGAAGAGUUGCUGAUCCGGGGCGAGGAGACAGCCGAGUUAACCUCAAGAAUGGGCAGAAACCUGUGGAGGUCGUUCCAGGGCUUGGGCUCCAGUCGCUACCUGACCAAGCUGGAUGUCAGACGUAAUCGCUUCAAGGACGAGGGUGCUUUGGCUUUGGCUGAGGCUCUGCGCAUUAACCAAAGUCUUGUCUGGCUCGACAUGGACGAGAACGAUGUUACUGUCGACGGAUUCAAUGCUAUUCUGUCUGCCUUCCACCAAGGAGGCACGGAGCAAGUCCCUACAAGCAGCCAGUGUUACAACAGCACGCUUGCCUACUUUGAGCCACCUGUCAUGGAUGUGUCCAAGCAGACAUGUGCACUCCAGGAGGCGAUGCUAGAGACCUACAAGUCUGAGCAGGAAACCCGAUUCCUGUUGAACCACGCCACUGGCAAGGAUGCAGCCGAGUGGAAGGAACGUUUGGCCCAGAUUCUCCGACAACGUCAACAGAGCACUGAGGCUUGUUCCAGAAUCGAGAAGACGAUCGUGGGCAUUGCUAUGGUGGUUGACCGAAACAAGGCGGCGAUGGAGGCUGUCAUCCGCGACCGUCAGCGCCGACGAGAGCGUGAGCGCGACCGUGAGCUCCUCCAGCAACGCCGCGACAACAGACGCGCAUAG